AUGUUUUUUUUUUUUUACAGCUGGCAACACUAUUCUUUUAAGCGGGUUUAAAUUAAUGUUCUUUUUGUUGCCCAGUUUGAGGAUAUGGACAGCGUCGAGUUGAAGGUCACGCGUUGUCAUCAUAAAAUAAUUGUAGGUAAUUGACGUUACGAUAACGCGUGAACGCAGCAUUUGAAAGAAAAAGUUUAAACGCGCCAUGACGUCACCCGUUGCUAUAGUAACGAUUUCACGCGUAAAGACGCGCUGCAGGAUGCGUUGCAGUCAAUGGACCGAUAAACUACACAGUCUGUUAAGUGAUCAGUGAUGCGCCUUAUCUGCCCAGAAGCGGCCAUGACCACAAGGAUAGAUCAGCUCGCCCGGCCCAAACCCAACCUGCUUAAAUUCCCAGACAGGCGCUCAGUAUACUGGCUUGAUGAACUACCAGCUGAAACAAAGAAAACCUCCACUACUGGGUUUGAACUGACUCCUCGCUUAGAGCAGCUUGCCCAGAGCAAACAACCAAGCCGUUAUUUGGAGGAGAGCAGGUCACAAGAAUGGGUGGUUAGUGCAGCAGCGUUGAAGGCACAUCCUUCCCAAAGAGUCUGUUCGCUGGCAUUGCCUCGUCUACCUGCUAAAGGCUGGCAGCCCGAUCGGCCCCUGUUAACCACUUUAAGCGAUGCGGUUAAAUCUGCCAGGGCGAGUCCGAGGAUCUGUCAGCUGGCACAACCGAAGCACGUGAAGAUGAUGUCGACCAACUUAAGUGCUGAAUCAAGUUUCCACACCAUCACCGUUCCCACAGCGACACCUUCUGCACGUGUACUGCAGCUGGCCUCCCCUAAACAGGUCCAUCCACAGCACGUUCUCGCCCGGCCCGUAUCUUGGCCGAUUCCCAAACAUGUUCUGAAAGCUUCAGCCAGUAACAGACUGCACGACCUGGCUCGGCCAAAGACCCGUCAGGCCCUGUUUGAGGGCUAUGACCCUUACAGAGUCACCCCUGCUGCUCGGGCGGCCACUGCCUCUCCAAGAUUACUGGAGCUUUCAUUACCCUUACCACGGAAAUGUAAAGGCUAAUAAACGCUCGUUCCUCUA